UUUUAAUUCGUCACAGUGUACAGAGCAAACGUGUACAGGAAAUGAAUAUAAGAAUAUUUUUGUUUUAAUUAAUGGCGUAAAUUCUUUUGAGCGGCCAUUUUGAAAUUUAAUUUUAAGAUACAUUGUUCGUUUUUUAUUAGAAAAAAAUUGUGGUUAUUAAAAAAAAAGAGUGUUUGCUUCGACUGCCAUUGUGUUUUAAAAGUUCCACACGAGAACGCGAUUUUAAAAAUUCUCGAUCCAAAACUGUUUUAAAGAAGCAAGCAAUCUUGUUUUGUAUCGUCAAGAUGUGUCAAGUUCUUACGUGGAAUCAAAAUGGCGGAAGUUCUGGAAAACGAUGCUCAAUAGUUUUGUGUUUUCGAUUCAUUUUUCAUUUGUUUUUUCUGUCUGUACACAUAGCGGUGUCCGUUUAUGGCGUGCUCAUUGUGUGUGAAAACAUUAACAAUGAAAUUGAUCUACUCAGGCAAGUUUCUGUGUUUUCGUUUGGCUAUGGGACCAAUUGGAAUUUUUUGUUCCAAACGUGCUUUCUGACUCUUUCGCUGAUCUAUGAUGUACUGGAAUGGCUGAAUAAGGUGGACACAAAUAUUGCUACUAAAAUCCAAUACUACAGAGACGUGAUUUUUUCCGGACUGGUCGUGCCCUUGACGUGUUUCAUAUCGUCAAUGUUUUGGAUCGUGUUCUCGAUAGACAGGGAGCUAGUGUUCCCCGAAGUCUACGACCAGAUCGUGCCAUGGUGGUUCAAUCACUGCGUACACACUAACAUCACCAUAGUCGUCAUAAUUGAGACGUUGCUGCAAGCGAGACGCCACCCAAGAGACUUGAAGACAGAGGUCAUCAUGAACGGAACUGUAGGCGUCGCUUACGCCAUUGUGUACUACGCGAUUUACUUCUUCGCGAAACGCUGGUUGUACGCCGUUUUCGGCAUCAUGACCUGGUGGCAGGUCUGUCUCUACCAGCUACUGAUCUGGGGGUCGUGUUUCGCCUUCUACUUCCUUCAGUUCCCGGUCAACAGGCUCUUCCAUCGGGAGGAGGUCCCGUCCCUCCGGGAGAUCAAAGAUGAGAAGACGGGUCCUCCAGCAGAAGAGGAUAUGGACAUAGAUAUUUUGCAUGAUUCAAAACUAUCCCCUUUAGUUGUAAAAUCUUGGAGUCUCAAAUACAGGUCUAUGAGGGACCAAAUGGAAAAUUCUAGAUUAUAAAAUGAUUUUUGUCUGUUUAAAGCUUUAGAUAAAUUUUUGUGUUAAGUCUUUUUAAAUGUUUGAGAUGCUUGUGGCAAGUGUCCACAGCAGAUGCGGUGUGCCUUGUGCCAUGAUGUAGGGUACCAAAUGUGUUAAUUCUGUUGUCCCAUGCCAAAGCGGAUGGCAAAAGACAUUAGAAAUAAGGAAACUGUGUGUGUGUUUGUGUUUGUAAAUAUAGUCCGGUAAUAUAGUCCGGUUUUUUAACGAUCUCGUUAGCGUAAAAGUUAACUCGAUCUGUAUGCAAUUGAAACAGCGCCCCUAGCGGCAAACACAGGCAAACGGCAACUCAAUAACUGUCGGUACUGGAAACAUUGUACCAUGGUUCACUUGCGCACUAAAUAAUAAUAAUAAUAAUGGUUGGUUCGAAGUAAGUAUCAGUCGAAUGGAAUAUUUGAAAUAUAUUCAACUGAGAAUUCCUUUUAAUAAAUGUAUCUUUUUUAUUUGAUUGGUUUUGUUAAUGUUAAGUAUGUUUCAAUGAUACUAUGUACACAUAUGGACUUGUUGUUGUCUGAAAUAAAAUAAUUCAUUCAUUCAUUCAUUCAUUCAUUCAUUCAUUCAUUCAUUCAUUCAUACAUUCACUCAUUCAUUCAUUCAUUCAUUCACUCACUCAAUACAAAUUUGAGAUAACUUUUACGCUAUCGAGAACGUUUAAAAACACUCACUAAGCACACUAAUUAUAUCUACUUGCCGUUAAUGCCUAAGAACUUGCAAUACUGUGAUAAUUGGGAAACCAAUUAAAACAAUAACAUUAAUGUGAUAAUAUUUAUCAAUAAAUAAAUGUGAUCGAAUUGUCUUUA